AUGGCGAAUACUCUCACGCAGGCGGCGUCGGCCCCCGUCGAAGGACAGCCCGGUCCUAUAGUCGCAGCCCCAGAUACCUCCACGGCCUUCCCGCAGAGGGAUUCGGCAGAGCAAGCAUCAAGAAUCGAAUCAGAUGCAACAUUGUGGGAUGACCCAAUCCUUGCCAACCAGACCGACUCGCCGAUGCCAGACAGGCGAUCAGCAGAGAAUGGAACAGUUCAGCGGCCCACUCUAGCCGAGCGCAAGUUCGACACCGAAAUAGCUCGGCCAGUUGCAAGAAGGCUGCCUGCUCCUGCGACACGGCGUCAGUCCACACUGAAUCCUCCUGGCUACCGCAGAGAGUCUACAUCACACAGUGAAUCCGACGGCUGGUCUUCGUCCGAAGAGGAACGCCACCCAAAACUACGAAGGUCGUGGACCCAGCCCGACCGUCACCUCUUGUCUAAAUCUCACCUCAAUCGCGCGAAACGGCCGCAACUUCAUGUUGGGAACGAGUUCUUCCAGUCACGCGCCGGAUUGGCAGGCGAUGGCAGGCUGAAUAUCUCCGUCAAUGAAACCGCCGAUACUGGAUAUCUGGCAAAGGCUCUUGGAGCGACCCUUGAGCACCAUCUUGGUACGGAGGCACACCAUGCCCAGGAAGAGCGCGCCGCAGAGAAGGCCAAAGCCGACUUUCUCGAGGCCAAGCCACAUUUGGUGAUCCCACGGAUGAACAUCGUCAUCAUGGUGAUUGGGAGCCGUGGGGACAUCCAGCCAUUUCUGAAAAUUGGGAAGAUUCUCCAGGACAAAUACCACCACCGCGUCCGCAUUGCCACCCAUCCUACCUUCAGGAAGUUUGUCGAAGAAGAAAUCGGUCUCGAUUUUUUCUCCGUCGGAGGGGAUCCUUCGGAGCUCAUGUCUUUCAUGGUGAAGAAUCCUGGGCUUGUGCCUUCCCUGGAGACACUGAAAACCGGAGAGGUGGGGCGAAGACGCGAGUCGAUGUACCAGAUGUUCCAGGGGUUCUGGCGGGCCUGCAUCAACGCGACGGACGAUGAAACGGAUGCUGCCAACUUGAAAAUGAUGGGAAGCAAACCUCCGUUCGUUGCCGAUGCCAUCAUCGCCAAUCCGCCCUCAUUCGCUCACUAUCACUGCGCAGAAAGACUGAGCAUCCCUCUGCACUUGGUCUUCACCUUCCCCUAUACUCCGACACAGGCUUUCCCUCAUCCUCUGGCCAAUAUUAAAAGAACCAAUGUUGAUGAAAGCUACAGCAACUUGAUCAGUUAUCCUUUGGUCGAUUUGGUGACCUGGCAGGGCUUGGGUGACCUCAUCAACCGCUUCCGCGUCCAUACCCUGGGGUUAGAACCGGUGUCAACACUGUGGGCUCCCGGUCAGCUCUCGCGUCUUAGAGUUCCAAUGACAUAUCUUUGGUCACCAGGCCUUGUGCCCAAACCUCGGGACUGGGGUCCAGAAGUUGAUAUCGCGGGAUACGUAUUCCUCGAUCUGGCAUCCUCCUUCAAGCCUCCUGAAGAUUUGUCCAAGUUCUUGGAGAGAAGCGAUGAUCGCCCCAUCGUGUACAUCGGGUUCGGGUCGAUUUCCGGUAUCGACGAUCCCGUGGCGUUUACAAGGACGAUUUUCGAGGCCGUGGAAAAGGCAGGAGUUCGUGCCGUAAUCAGCCGUGGUUGGGGAGGUAUGGGGGAUGGCAUGGAGAAACCAGACGGCGUUUUCAUGGUUGACAAUGUUCCUCACGACUGGCUGUUCCCCAAGGUGGACGCGGUGGUUCAUCAUGGCGGAGCAGGCACCACAGCAGCCGGCCUCAAGUUCGGAAAGCCGACCAUGAUCAUUCCUUUCUUUGGCGACCAACCCUUCUGGAGCGCCAUGGUCGUCAAAGCCGGAGCCGGAGCCAGAAUAGCGCUUCCCUGGAAGAAGCUCAACAGUGACAUUUUCGCCGAAGGCAUUCGUCAAUGUCUGGAGCCGGAAACCAAAGCCAAGGCACAAGAGAUCGCCAAAUGCAUUCAGAAAGACGGCGACGGGGCGGAAAAUGCCGUAGACUCGUUCCAUCGCGCAUUGAAUCUCGAUGCAAUGCGCUGCCGCAUCUUCCCCGAGCGAGUAGGGGUGUGGAAGACGAGCGGAAACACUGUUCAAUUGUCGGCGCUCGCGGCGGAUUUGCUGGUGGGGAACAAAGAUCUACACUGGUCGGAGUUGGAAUUGAACAAGUUUCGAGAGUGGUCGGAUUUCCAAGGACCCGGCGAGCCCAUCACGGGAGCUGGCGGAGUGUUGCUUCAAGCGUUUCAAGAAGCAUUCCACGAGCUGGCCUCGAUGCACGAUGCGGCCAAGAAAGACUUCAAACAUUAUGAGAGACACCGACGAAAGCACCGCGACAAGUCGGCGGCGGAUGCGCUCGUCUUACCCGGCCGCAUUGCCCACGCCGUUCGAGGCACCAGUGUGGAAUCGCAAAGGCGGGAACGCGCUCGGGCGCAACGCGGGCUAAACCUUGAGGGAGAAGCCGAACCGGCCAUGCUAUCUCUCAAUUCAUCAGUCCCCAAUGACGAUGACUCGGCGGGCAGCGGGCCGAUCAAUCGAACGACGAGCGAUCUUUCCACACAUGGUCCCGCGGUAGUGGUGAUACUGAAAGACGUCGGACGAGGGAUCGGCCACUCGAGCCGCGUGAUCGCCAUGUUACCCAUCCAGCUGUGGAAUGCCCUGGCGCUGGGGUUCCACAACGCGCCUCGUUUAUAUGGCGACAAGACCGUCCGGACGUCCCCUGCACGAAUCACCGGGUUCCGAUCCGGUGUCAAGGCCGCGGGGCUGGAGUUCUGGCUGGGCUUCUACGACGGAGUCACGGGCCUCGUCCGCCUUCCCUGCCUCGAGGUCCAUGACGAAGGCAUGGUCGGCCUGCCCAAGGGCGUGGCCAAGGGUCUCGGCGGGUUGGUCUUGAAACCCAUCUCCGGCGUCCUCGGACUGGGCGCGUUCACCUUCAAGGGCGUGCAUCACAGCCUGCGACGACGUGUGCGAGAUACAGAAAAGACAAAUCGCUGGAUUCGACGCGCUCGCAUCGCCCAAGGUCAGCGCGAAGUCGAAGAGUACAAAACUCCUACCCUGAAUGGUGCGAGGUCGCCUCGUCCCUAUCUGCAAUCUACACCGCAGUACGACGAGGUUCGCAACCAGGCCCUCCGCCUCUGGGCCACCUUUGAAAAGGAAUUACUUUCGUCGGAACCGACGUCGAAAGAUUCCCGGAGGUUGCUGUUUCGAAAGUCGCACCGUCAUGAGCAUAGUCCUGUUGGGGCCGGUGCCGAACCUGCGCGGGCGCGGACGACAUGA